AUGAGUAAUCCGGCAGAAAAAUUAACCUUCAAUAACGAAAGCUGCAAAAAUUCACAAAGCAUGAAUCAAUGCCUUAAUUACGAAAUGACAUCUGCAAUGGUACCUAGUACCCGGGCGAUGCAUGCAAAUGCUGAUAAAUCGCCGUUACAGGCAUUUGUUAAAGCUAAGAAGAAAAUCAACGAUAUUUAUAUGGAAAUUGAGGAGUAUGUAGAUGAAGUCACGCAGUUUAUUAACGGUUUGCAUGUAGAAGAGGAAAUUGUUAACGAAGCCGAACGGAAAGUCUUUGCAAGUUAUGGUCAUAAAGUGGCCGGCAUUCGUGAAAUUUUAGCACGCGAUCAUAUGAAAGUCGCUUUCUUCGGACGCACAUCGAAUGGCAAAAGCUCGGUUAUAAAUGCCAUGCUGCGCGAAAAAAUUCUACCGACCGGCAUCGGUCAUACUACAAACUGUUUUUGCCAAGUUGAGGGUAGUGACGGUCCUGAGGCAUAUCUUAUCAAAGAAGGCUCCCAUGAAAAGCUCAAUGUAACAAGCAUCAAGCAAUUAGCAAAUGCUUUGAGUCGAGAAAAAUUAAGCGAAAGCUCUCUUGUGCGCAUAUUUUGGCCUCGCGAACAUUGCAGUUUAUUGCGUGAUGAUGUCGUGUUUGUAGACUCACCCGGCGUAGACGUUUCGGCUAAUUUAGACGAUUGGAUUGAUAAUCAUUGCUUAAACGCCGAUGUAUUCGUGCUAGUUUUGAAUGCUGAAUCUACAAUGACGAGAGCCGAAAAGCAAUUCUUUCAUACUGUAUCGCAAAAACUCUCGAAACCCAACAUUUUUAUAUUGAAUAAUCGCUGGGAUGUUUCGGCUAAUGAACCCGAAUUUCAAGAAUCUGUAAAGUCACAGCACACUGAACGCUGUGUAGAAUUUCUUAGUAAAGAAUUGAAAAUUACGAAUGAAGCGGAAGCCGCGCAAAGAGUUUUUUUUGUAUCAGCUCGAGAAGUCUUGCAGGGCCGUGCAGAAGAAGCGAAAGGCAAUUCGCCCAGUUUGGGUGCAAUUGCCGAAGGUUUUCAAAUGCGUUAUUUUGAAUUUCAAGACUUUGAACGUGAAUUCGAAGAAUGCAUAUCCAAGACUGCUGUACAAACAAAAUUCGAGAAGCAUAGUUCUCGAGGAAAAGCGCUGGCAACUGAGAUGUGCGAAAUGCUAGAAGACAUAUUAAAACGCGUCUCUGUAUUUCUCAAUCAGAAAUUGGAUCAAAAAAAUAUUUUAAUUGAACACAUUCAGGGCACUGAGAUUGAAAUGAUAAAUGUUGCGCGUGAAACGAAAUUACAAAUACACAAUAUGGUCGAGGGAGUGGAACAGAAAGUGUCGAAAACUCUUAAUGACGAAAUUUGGCGUUUAAAUGUAUUCAUCGAUAAAUUUAAUAUGCCUUUCCAUCCGGACCCACUAAUGUUGAGCUAUUAUAAAAAGGAAUUAAAUUCCCAUGUCGAGUCUGCUUUGGAUUCUAAUUUGCGUGCUAGAAUGUCGAUGGCUUUAACUAUGAAUAUAGAGGCAGCAGAACGUGAUAUGAUCGCACGUAUGCAUGCUUUGCUGCCAAAUGAAAAGUUCAGUGAGCUGACAAAUGAAAUUUUAGCAAGGACUCAACCCUUUGAGAUGCUAUACUGUUUAAAUUGUCAAAACUUGUGCGCUGACUUUCAAGAAGCCUUAGAGUUUAAGUUUUCCUGGGGUAUUUCGGCCAUGUUACAACGUUUCACUGGGAAGAUGAAGAAACGGAUUCGGAAAAACCGAGCGGCUAUGUAUUGCCAAAGUAAUGCUCAACUUGCAACGCCAACUCGCAUGACAAUCGCUCCGGUCGGUGGCACAAUUAAAGAACGAAUGUCAAUCGUAUCACGUCUUGCCUUGGCUUCUGUAGGAUUUCGGGGUACUGUAGGCGGUCUUGUCGUAUCGGGAAUUAUGUUAAGAACGAUAGGCUGGAGAGUAUUGGCAGGUUUUGGAGUUCUUUACGGCUUUGCUUAUAUGUACGAACGUCUCACUUGGACAAAAUCAGCUAAGGAGCGCGCUUUUAAAUCACAAUAUAUACGUCACGCAACCAAGAAACUUAAAAUGAUUGUUGACCUCACCUCGGCCAAUUGCAGUCAUCAAGUGCAACAAGAGCUAUCCAGCAUAUUUACUCGUUUAUGCCGCUCUGUUACCAAUGCUACCAUUGACAUGAACGAUGAGCUUAAAACGCUGGAAGCACAAAUUACGCUACUCGAGAAUACUCAAAAACGAGUGAAAUUGUUACGCAACAAAGCCAACUACAUACAAAACGAAUUGAAAAUAUUUGAAAAUAUUUACAUUAAAUCAAAUUAA